AUGUCGGAUGAGCAUCUUACAAAACUCUACUCGCCAUCGCAAUGGGUCCCGGGACGAACCGGCGACGAGGUGAUUCAAGAGUUUUACAAGAGCACAUUGGAAGCGUUAAAGGAGGUGACCGACGACGAGUCGAUCGUGAAAAAUUGCGAUAUUCCAUAUGGGACAGGCGAGAAUCAAAAGGUCAACGUGUUCGGCGACGUCAACGAGAACCUCUUGAUUCUUAUUCACGGCGGCUAUUGGGUGAGCCUCGACCGCAACACAAUUCUGCAUCCGGUGCGGACGGCGAUCGACGCCGGCUACGGUGUGGCCUCGAUCGGCUACGGUCUCGCCUCGAAGUCCUAUAGUUUGAGUCGAACCGUCGACGAUUGCGUUCGCGGCGUUCGACACGUGCUCGCCAAAUUCGCCAACGCCAAAACGGUGGUGAUCGCCGGCCAUUCGGCGGGCGCCCAUCUCGCCUUUCAUGCGGCCACACGAUGCCGCGAUCGUCGAAUCAAGGGACUCGCGUUGUUCGCCGGCGUCUACACACUCGACGAGCUCGUCGACACCGAUAUCGGCAAAGAGGCCAAUCUGACGCCGGAUGAAGCCGCGCGCAACUCGUGCGAUUUUUCGGCGCUCGAUGGUCUCGAGACGAUGCGCACCAAAAUUUUCAUCGGCACCAAUGAGUGUCCGAAGCUCGUCGAGCAAAAUCGAAAAUUGGCCGAUGCGCGGAAAGAGGUCGAACUCGAGGAAAUCCCCGAUGCCACUCAUUUCACGAUCAUUUCCGAUUUGAUGAAGCCCGGCACACGAAUCAACACCACGUUCGCCAAUUUUUUGCGGCUAUUUUAA